AUGGAUGGAGCACCAACUGUUAUUGCACGAUACUGUGUCACUACUAAGCCUGGAGAAUGGGCCAUGCAGGCCCUAUUGCGCCAGCUAACGAGCUUGGCACGGUCAAAAAUCGAAAAGGCUCUUGAAGAUCAGCAAGAAACAAACCUUGUGAAAAGCAUGAGAUUAAAUGAAGACCCAGCAUAUGAAAACCUGAUUAGUGCAUUCGGUGUUGCUGCUGAAUUCGCUUUGCCAUCGCUAGUAUCAACAUUAUCAUUGUGGUAUAGAUCUCAGCACUCUUCAGGGAAGUAUUAUCAAUUACACCAACUUCACUGUUUUGCUUCGCCCAACAAAUUAAAUGAAAACGAUAUUUCAAUGGCAACCCAACGUCCUUCUGAAGACAGUCAUAUUUUUGAUGUUACACAGGCCACAUCCGUUCCUCCUAACAAAUCUGUCAAAUGUGCCUCAGAAUCAGCUUCCUUGUCAAAAUCGAAUCAUGUGUUUCCACCUGAUGCCUCUGUUAUUUUUGAACGACGUGACCUUGCAAUCGAUAUAAUAUUUUGCCAUGUCAUACUUGCUGUUCUGAAACAGCUACCGUUUCAUCCGGGUCAUAAUGAUGUUAUUGAAUUGAUUUUAGAACAGUGCUUUAGAAGAUUUAAUUACAGAGAAGAUUUGCAACCGAAAAAUAGCGAAAACAUAAAUCUUGUUGCUGACCUUUAUGCGGAAAUUGUUGGGCUUUUAUUCCAGUCAAGAUUCGCUCUGGUUCGUCAUAAAUUUAUGGGCUGUUUGAAUGAACUCAGAUCCAAAGAAAAUAGUCCAAAUAACAGAGCCAGUAUUGUAUCUCUCAUAAUGGGAAUGAAAUUUUUUCGAGUAAAAAUGCACCCUAUCGAAGAUUUUGUGAAUUGUUUCAAUUUCCUGCAAGAAUUAGGUCAAUACUUUCUGGAAGUGAAGGAAAUCGAAAUUAAGCACGUUUUAUCAGAUUUAUUUGUCGAGAUCUUGCUGCCUGUGGCUGCUGUGGCUCGCCAAGAAGUCAAUAUCCCAGCUUUGAAGACAUUUGUGGAGAAUUUAUAUCCGGCAAGUUUGGAAUUGGCUAGCAAAAAGAAGCAUGUUCCAGCUCUAUUCCCCUUGGUUACAUGUUUGCUUUGCGUUGGUACGAAACCAUUUUUCCUGAAUAACUGGACCAAUUUCUUGUCUAUUUGCUUGAGUCAUCUUAAAAACCGAACUUCUAAGGUUGCUUUGGUCAGCUUACAAUCACUGUCAUGUAUAUUAUGGGUUUAUAUUGUGCGUAUCAAAGGAGAGAAACACACAGAAACGCAAAACAAAUUGCAUACAAUCAUUAACAGUUUAUUUCCGAAAAAUCAGAAAAUCAUCCUACCCAAAGAUGCGCCAAUUAAUAUAUUUGUUCGAAUAAUUCAGUUCAUUGCUCAUGAGAAACUUGACUUUGCGAUGAAAGAAGUCAUCAUUGAUCGUUUGGGGGUCAAUGGAUCACAGAAAGCCUUAGUUAUGCCAGAGAGAAUUAACGUAGGAUUGUGUGCUUUCUUACUAAUAGCACAUGGUCUUCAACAGAAAGACGGUGAACCUCCCAUGCCUCAACAGUGUAUUGGUGCUGGAGGCGUCGGUGGUGGGUUUAGACAGGCUGUCAUUAAGCGAUCUUUUCACGGAACCAAUUUAAAUGAAGCUUUAGGUUCCUUACUAGGAAUACAAAGCUAUUUAGUACCGGUUCGUAGAGCUUUUGAGCUCAUUUUGCGUCAAUUGGAUACACAAGUCUGUCGUACAAUGAUGUUACCGAAGCAAGAAGUAACUCAAAAGGAAUUUGAUGAGUUAAUGACGGCAGAUCGUAAACCAAAAUUAGACUUGCUAAAAACUUGUGUUGCAUGUAUUCCACGUCUGUUACCUAUCGAUAUGACUAAGCAAGAGAUUUUAGAAAUAUUGGCUAAAGUUUGCUUACAUGUUGACGAAGAUGUCCGAAAAAUGGCUCAGCAGGCGAUGGCAAAUUUAAUAGUGGAGUUACCAGCUUAUAGAGUUAAGACGAUACAAGUUUUUAUACAAUUCAUUCAAAAGAAUGUGACUGAUACUUCACCCCAUCAACUGGAUAGCUGUUUGAAAACUUUAUUUCACUUGUUAAAUAACUGGAAGUUAGCCUUGCAGAAGGACGGAGCUGUCACACCCAAUAUGGCUGAAAAAUCAGCAUUGUAUGAAGCUGAAGGAUUUGCUUUAGUUAUGUUAUGCAGCUGUCGGUCGAUAACUCGGCGUCUGGCUGUGUACAUUCUUAGAAAAUGCCGAGCUUUAUUAAACCUAAUCCAAUCAGCAACUUAUGAUCCAACUUUAAAACAGUCAAAUGAUCUACGGGAAAUGUGUUGUAUAGAUGUUCUGGAUCGUUCAGUACCUGUAGUAUUGAAACGUAUUUUACCCAUCCUACCUCUCAGUGAAAGGUCUGCUUUGUCGUCAGUAUCCAGUUUGGAUUUUUCAGUCUUCACAGAGCGGUCACAUCCUGUAUGGUUUAGUGGUAGUACCGCUCCCACUUACUCACCGAUAGUUCUCCCUGCAAACUGUUUAAAUAAUAACCAGUAUUCUGGUUUAAUGUCUGGAAACGAUGUGCAGCAUAAUGAAACCAGAUUUGGUAACUUAUCAAGUCGUCAUGAUCUGAAUAGGCCAAAUUAUCAUAAUAACAAUAGUCCAUGUGGAGGGGAUUCAGUGACUGCUAAUAUGAGUGAAAAAUCUAAACUCGACGAGACAUCUGUACAGGAAACAUUUACAAAAAUCGUUAGACCAUCAAUCUCUGGAUUACUUGCAACUUCAAGGACUCUAGAUUCUCAGAAUGUGCAAACUUCUAAAUCUUGUUCUUCAACAACACCUGUGCACAGACGGCCUUCUCAGUACAACCAACAAGUUCAGCACACACAACAAGCCUAUAUAAUGCAGCCGACACAAGAACGAGUGGUCCUCGCAGAUGUUUGGGGCACUUGUCUUUCUGUUGUGUUUAGUUCGUCUAGUUUACCAGCCAGUUGUCCUAUGGCUAUCAAGUCUGCUUGGUCCAUACUUUUUCAGAGAAUCAGCGCUCUAUUUCCAUUAAUCGAUCCAAGCGCACAGAUAGCUGAAAAUAGAGCGUCAUCCCUACUGCGAACUGCGAGUAAGAAACCUGCUAAUGAACGUGAACAGUUUGUUCCAUUAUGGCACAAUUAUGUUGUUGUUGGAUGUUGUAUAGCACCAAGUUCUACUGGUAUUCGAAUUUCCAAACCUCCAGAUACAUGCUAUCAGCCUGAGUUACGUGUGCAAAAGCAUUCACCAGACAGUGGUGCAAAACGAGAUACUUUUCAUUGUCGUGACAGUUCUCGAUCACCUACCCAGCCAGAUGAAAUACAAAGUCAAACAACAGAUUCCAGUGCAAAUUCGUCAACUGCUCGUGCAACGAUGUCCAACUCUCCAUGCUCUAAUUGGCCGAAUUCAACAGAUUUAAAACAUUCAGCAUCCUAUGGUAAAGUGAACGCCCGAGACUUAGUGAAGUUGUUAGUACCGUUGUUAAGAUGCGAGCAACCCGAGAUACGCGAUUCAGCAAUUGGCGGUCUCGGUCGGAUAAAUCCAGCGGCUUUCAGAGAUGUCCUUGAAGAUUUGCAGCCACUACUGAAAGAAUCUUUUGAUCGGAAACAAGAGAAUUUACGCCGUCGUCGUAGACGGGAUGGACUACGAUCAGCUUUAAUUAAGAUACUAUCUCUUAUGGCACAAACAGGUGUAUUUGCACAUCCCGAAUCAAACAGUGUCACACCACAAGGAGCCUUGAUCCCUCAGCUGCUGGAUUAUAUAGAUGGGAUGAGAAGCUAUUUAGAAUCAGUUUCCGAUCAAUUAUUGAGUCCUGUUAGUCACACGCAUCCAUCAUCUGCUUCUUUAAAUAUUUUAGCGUCUAUGCCCUCUGCCAGUUCAUCCCAGCAAGUUGGGACAAGUGGGAGUAAUACGAGUAAUCAAGUAUCUGGCUCUAUUAGCAGUGGUUCUGUGGUUAACUCUUUACCUACUCCUUUGUCCUCUGCGCCUUCAGUAUCUGAAGCCUAUCUACUGAAUGAAAUUCGCUUACACUUUUGCAUUUUCACCAAAGAGCUUAUUCGACGUUUACCUAAGCAAAGUCGUGCCAACUUAUUACCACCUACAUUAAGACAUCAAUUGUUCAUUUUAUUGUCUCAUUGGAGCGCUCAUUACGAUCAUGUUAUGGGAACUUACUUUGGAUCUGAAGGUCCAGUUCCUAUACAGUCUUGCUUUAGUAAUUCAAAUGUUGACUUCACUGAGCAUACCACCGGUUCCAGUGGCGUGGUUGGUAUUUCUCCAUCGAAUGAAAUAUCACCGGGGUUUAUCGGACCUCAUCAUCAGUUGGUAAAUGACAAUUUUCUGCAAUCUAUUAAUAACUUGAGUAUUAAUAAUGCCACAUCAUCGGGAUCUACGGACUCUACUGCAAAUUUAACCAUCCCUCUAAACCAAGCUUCUCAUAGUCCUACAUUUCAACAGAAAGUUUCAAAUAACGAACAAACUGAAGGACUUGAUUCUCUAGAGUAUUGUUUAUGGAUUGACCUGAUCUGGUUGUCGAACCAAGCUAUGGCAGCGCUAGUAUGUUGUGGGCCGAUAUUUGAUCGUCUAGCGCUUUUACCACACGAUAAUUCCAAAAUCAACCAGGGAGCAGCAGUUCCUGGAUCCGAUUCAGCAUAUGGUUCAUGUUCAGAUCGCUCAAAUGGUACUUCGUGUUCAAAUGUUUGCACUCCAAGCCCUGGUUAUGUACUUCGUUGGAUUUCCGGACUUCUAGUUGCACGCGACACUGCUCUUAGUUCAAGUCCAUGGUUAUGGUUUUGUCCCAUCACUAGCCGUGGUCUUUUGCAUAAUACUCUUAAUCCUGGUGGUGCCUCACUCUGUGGCAAUAGUCACACGCGGUCACGCACAAUAGCAGCUGGUGGUGGACGUCGAUUAGAUUCUUUACUGCGUCAGUUAGGCGAAGAAACUUUGGUUCUUCUACUGGAUUUCAACACAGAUAAUAGUGGCCUUUUCAAUUGGGUGGUCGAUCAGUGUUAUACUUCAUCGAACAUUUCACUAUCUACAGCGUGUUUUGAAUGUAUUUGCCUUAUAAUGAGUAAUAUACCUAAUUUCACUUGUGAUCAUACUGUUCUAAUCACAUUAUGCCUGGUUUUUAUUGAUCAUCCGUCGAGAUUUUUGAGUGACAGAGCCUUUUAUUUACUGCGCGUGUUGUAUCGGCGUUUCUUUAUUGAACCUGCUGAAAUUUUGUACAAGCAAGUACAUUCAGUGGAAUCUAAAAAACCAUAUUCAGACAAGGAUUCACCUCAGUCUCAGUCAUCUACAUGUAACCAACCAAACUGUGAAUGUACCCAUCUGUCUACAUAUUUAAAAAUGAACAAAUUAUUUUAUCGCUCCUUUAACUACUGGUCGCCGUGUGAAGUCCUACGACAAUUUGCCGCCCAACAUCCAGACUACACACUCACUAUUUUUUCAGAGGUCUCUAGACGUCUUGAGAAUGCUCGAGAAGGUCUUCGUGUUCCAUUACUGCAUUUACUUUCACCUUGGUUUGUAAAUGUUGAACUGGUUGAUCUUAUUGAAGGCGAAGUAUACGACUCACCAGACCAUAAUUUAGAUAUGGAUGAUGAUUUUUCGUACACGGAAAAAGAAAACGACCCGUUCUCUAUGAGUACUUAUGAGAAGCCUUCAGAUAUCGUUGACGUCUCAAAUAAUGUUACUUCAGAUCAACAACAACAGCAACAUAUUAAUGUCAGAAAAGAUAAUCCAGAAUAUCGUAUUCGUUUGUCUAAGCGAUAUAAACGUUCGAAAAGCCUAUUGAAUGCUGAAUCACUACGUUAUGAUCACGAUGAUACUGAUGCUGAUUCAGAUAAUAUUAACCAUCAACGAAGCUUCAAAUCACUUUCGUUGUUAAGAAUGCGUGCUCGUCAAGCAAUGAUGGGUGAAAAUACAGAUUUACAUAGUCCUCGUUCUUUCCGCUCUUCAAAUUUCUGUUAUAAUAGUCAUUUCAGAAAUGGGUGUAAAGCAACGUUUGCAACGAAUAAUGCUGCAUUAUGGUCCACUGUUCCUCCCACACUUCGAUCUAAAGGAUGGGGUUCAAAACAAGCCACUGAGUUUGUUCUCACAAACCUAUUCUACCUGACAUUAAGACUUGCUGAUUGUCCAACUUCAUCUGAGGCGCUAAAGCAACUUUGGAUUACACUAAUUCGUCAUCGGUCUGCGAAUCUGCGAGUGAUUAUUCGUUACCUAAUUAUCAUUACAUCUCUCGCACCUGGCACCCUGUUAAUACAUGUUAAACGUCUUCUUGCCUACUUGGCCUCAGAGCAACCUGAAAGUGUUAUAGGCGAACUAAUGGUUGAGAUGCAAACAAUUGAUGGUAUUGGCUUGAUUGUAGAGCCCUCUCCUAAUCUACCCUUCUUUCACGUAAGUGCUUCCAUACCACAACGAAAAUCGAAUGAGGAUAUACAAUCUUCUAAGGUGAAAUCUUUUAUUAAGCAUUACUCAUCAUCGAAAGUGUUUGAAGACUCCUUAAAGAAACCUACCUCUCAAACAUUGCCAAGUCAAGAUGGUCUUGUACAACCGGAUGCUGAAUUAAUUGCAUUAGGUUUGGAUAGCGCUCAUAAUUUUAAUGCAACAACACAAAGACGUACAUUGCGUAGCGCUGUUGGAGGGAAAUAUGAUUGUCAUAAUGUUAACGGCGAUCCAAAUACAAGCACUGUAACUCCUGAGGUCGCUAUUCGUCCAAAGUCAGCUACUUGCCAACCAUGUGUUGAUAGAAGUAGUAAAGAUGAUCCACAGAUAGAAAGGAGGAAUACAAAAAUACAUUCCACGUCACUAUCGCCUGCUUCUGGAACUGCUAACGAUAAUCUCACGUCCACGGCUGAAACACCUGGGGCACAGAAAUCUCAUUGUCUACCGUUAUCAUCAAAUUGUCAGUUAGUUGAAGGAAGUGAUGGUGAACCGGAGAUUGAUGUUGAUACAUUUGAAGGUCUCGGCAAACGUGGACUGCCUUUGGAUGAUAAAUACGCUACUCUACGUGCCAAAGAUAUUGCGAAUUUGUUGAUCCAACCUGUUCCUAAGGAUUUCGAAUCUAGUGAUUCUGUUUCUGACUGUGAUUUGCCGAAUGUACCUCACCGUGGUACAACCUUCCCUACUACAUAUGCUGCUCAGGAGCGAUCUGGUUUUUCAUCUACACUGCCAAACCAGGUAAAUGAAAUAUCCCGUUUACAAAUGUGUGGGAGAACUUUACGACAACCCAAAUACCUGAAAGAAUUCAGAGAAAGACGUUUCAAGUGGUUCAAUAGUUCAAAAAAUGAGACAAUUUCUUCUCUGGCGAUGGAUGCUCAUCCGCAUUCUGCUUCAUUACCACCUAAUCUAACCGACCUCCCUCCUUUGCCAUUGGCGCUUCCGACUAGCAUUUCUACUAUUCUAAGUCUUUCCUCAAGGGGAUCUACUGGAUCUAAUACCUGCAUUUUACCAGUAAAUUUGUCCAGUGCUGAUAAGAGAAGCAAUACUGGUUCUGACAAAAUGGAUAACAAACCUAUUUCUGUUCGCAUACGUACAUGUUCAAAUUCGGUUGGUAAAAUAUCCUUUGAUUGCAACUCUAAACCAUUACCCAUGCCUAUAAAUGGAGGUUAUCAAGCUCCUCUUGGUUCAUGGUUAUCUGAACCUUUGGUGAUUGGCGGAUCAGUCGUUUUCAGUGGUGGAUGGCCUCCUGCUGGACCUAGGUCACCUUUAGUCCUUAUUCUAGCGGGUGGCCUAACUCAGUGUAGAGAUAUUCGAAUAGACUGGACUCAGCAUCUACCUGUUAUGCUACUUGGUGUAUUUCUGGGCAUUGAUCACUGUCGCGCUCUUAUACAAGAAGAAUCUAAACAAUUGCUUGUUUCUCUGUUAGACCAAGUCUGUCCACAUCAUGAUGCUUUGCAUUUAUUGCGACUAGAACUGGAAGCGAAUCUUCGUCGCCUUGCUCAUCCGUCUGCACUGCCUGGUCCUCGAGUUCAAGACUAUCGUCUGACUUUUGAUGGUGGGCCAUACUGUGAAAAAUUCAACUUAGUGAUCGAUCCUUUUAUGACAACUGAAAGUGAUAAUCUGUUUCCGUCACCAAUAGUUUCCAGCAGAACAGUUAAAUAUGACGACACGGAGCAGUUUAAAAAUAUGCCUUCUACUGAAAAUGAGCCAGAUGGCAAUAACCACACAGCCUCACUUGACUUGUUACCGCUGAAAGAUAUUGACGUAACAGCUAGCUUAGCUGCUAGUCCAUCUUCACCAAACUGUAGUCCACCAAUGAUUACACAGCUUCAAACUAAUCCAACACCUCUGAUAAAACAAGGUCGACUGAGUGAUUCUAUGUUCAGUCUUACGAGUACGGCAACUCUAAUUCCUCGUCAUCAAGAUGUUAAUGUCUCAGAACCACAGUAUUUUAAUGAUACUACAAUGCACAAGUCAAAUACAGUCAAUAAUAGUAAUAAUCAAGCUAUUGAUGUUUCAGAAAAACAUUUCCUACGUAGUAAAACACUUUCGAACGCGACUCGACCUUCAUCUGUGUACACUAGUUCACAACCGUCGAGAACAGCGACGACAAACCAUGUCCAGGCAUCAAAUUAUCAUCCUUUGAAAAUGGAAAAGUCCAAAAAGGUCAAAGAAUCCGACUUAAAACUAUUAGAAGAAGCUAUUCAGCAACUUAGGUGUAUACUUCUAGAUGGUUUAGGACAAGCUUUAUGGACUUGGGAAGAUUUUAAUAUGCAACGUAAUUCCUUCAAUUCAACAAUCCAAUCAACGUAUCAGUAUGAGUUUAAUCAAACAUUUUCCAAUGAGAAACCAGAAAUUAAAGAAUCCACAAUGAAAACAAAGAUGAAUAUGAACUCACUUGAACAACUUGUUAAACUAGUUGCUCGUAUACUUUCCUUAUCUGAAGCUGGUUCUGAAGAAGCUGAAAAUUGUUUACAAUGUCUACAUGGUCCACCACAUGAUCAUAACAGACGAGGUGUAGUUGAUCAAGAUGAUAAUUGCAAAGAUGCAUGGUCUGAUCAUUCAAAUUAUUGCUUGGUGGCACGUUUAUCACAAGCUGCUUUGAACACUGGUUUAUCCUGUCCUAGCCGACAUUAUGCCAGUCGUUCUUUACAGAUUCACCGUGCUCUUGGUGCACAUUUGGACAAGAAGUCCUUGUCACAGUUAUUAGCCAGAUUAGGAGAAACAGUAUCCGAUGGCAAUGAAGAAAUGCAGGGAUAUGUAGCUGAACUUUUUGUUACACAGGAGGCAGCUAUUCACCACCUAAAAACAAGAAGUGAUAGCUUACUGGAACCUGUAUCCACAUUUGGUCCUGAUCCUGCCUCUCCGUCAUCUAGCUCCAUUAGUGGAAAUGGACGCAAGUCCAUUCAGAGUAUUGUCUCAGUAUCUGAUCGUCGGCAUUUUCAUCGUCAUUCGAAGUCAUCAUCUCUAAUUGGAAGUCGUCCAUGUCAUUUAAACACUGUGAUACCUGUCAGUGAUUCACCAACACGUAAAUCCGAUCAGGCGACUUCUCCGUCUUCAGAACGCGUUUCAUCAUCACCUUCAUCGAUCCCAUCUACUCCAAGUCAUUUGACCAAGAAAUCUCACACUUCAGUUACAUCUUCACCCAAGUUAAAUAAUCGAAAUAAUGGUGUUACCUGCUUGUUACCUGCAGCAGAGCGUGCCGAUUUAAUUGUUGGCAUCUUCUGGACGGGUGUUCUACUAUUGGAAUCAGAUUUUGAGCAUGAAUACUUAGUUGGCCUGAAGUUACUAAGCUUGGUUAUUCCAAGUAUCUGUGCGUCAAAUUCCAGGCAGUCAUCGACAGCGCAUGGUUUGUCGAAUGGUUCAAGAAUUAAUCUCAGUGACAGAGCUCAGAAAAUGCUUAAUCAAUUGCGUUGGAAUCCGUAUUUCCCUGGGAUACUCAGUUUGGUGAUUAAAGGUUGCUCUUCGCCGAAUCUAGUAGAUCAAGCCUGUCGGUUACUCAUAAUAUUAAUCCCGUUUCUUACUCAUCCUUUGGUAGUACCAUCUGGACGUAUGGGUUUACCAGUCCAAAUAUCGCUUCCUAUUGUUCUGCUUACUCUUAUGCCGAUGUUGACUACUGCAUGGGAUGAAGAUCCGUCCACAUCAGUUCCCAUUAAUCCAUAUGAAAUGAGUUCUGAACAGUUUAGUUUCUUACAGGGUGGAUUUCUUGGUCGGGGUGUAAGUUCAUCAUUGAAUAUUAUACCUCGAGCACUUGGUUCAUGGACUUCAUGUUACUGCACUGCACAUACUUCAUUUGCCAACCCGAACUCAACUGUAGCAUCGAAUUCGAAAAUGAGGACGGAUAGUGUAGGACUUUUCGGCAAUUACUCUUCAAACAGUCUUGGAGUUUUCGGUGGAGCUGAAUCAACCUUAAAUUUAAAUAUGAUAGGUACAGGAAGUAUAAACCGUGAUAUGAAUUCGAUUCCCAAAUCACCCGUUUUACGGCCGAAGAAUCCCGUAUGCAUUCAGGCUGCUGAAUCACUUGCUCAGGCUGCACUUAAAAUAGAUCCAGUUCAAUUCAAUAAUUUAGCGCUUGUACUAAGACUGUAUGCUUCUGGUAAUUUUUCCAAGGAUGUUGAUCAGUGGAGCAAGUGUGUUAUAUGCUAUCUGUUAGAAGGUUGUGGAUCAAAUGCACCUCGUAUGCUUAAACACAUUAAUAUGCUAUUGACUUCUGGACCACCAUGUCUUCAAUUACCGUUACUAAAAGUGGCUUAUUUAUUCCUGCAACAAGUCGAUAUUAAUCAGCCAGAUUUAGGAUCUUCUCUACAGAACUUUAUUACAUCGAUUAUUGGUCAGUUUCUUGGGACCAAUUUGUGGUCCUAUGUUAUUCCAAUUCUGCAAAUCACUGUUUCACGUUCAGCAGUGUUAAGCACUGUGCCAGAAGCUCCUGCAUAUACCCUACCUGGUUUGGAUCCUUCAGGUAGUGGUCGCAUUUUAGACUUCGCAGUCGCAGCUGCAGCAGUCGCUGUUCCACUUCCAGAAAGUGAACCUCCGAGGUUAGAACUUGCUGGUCCUGUGUUAGACUUUACUUUCAAUGUUUUUCAAGAAGCACCAUUACUAGCUCCUGAAUUUGCGCCAAGUUCUUCAUCAAACGCGAAUUUAGAAAAUAUCUCCAAGGUGGAUGCCGCUUCGUAUGAUUUUUCUCCUCUAAAAGGAAAUAAAAAAGAUUUUAUUGAUGCCAGUGAUAUUGGUUUGACGGAAACAUUUGUUUCAGCUUCUGGUGGAUGGAGUAAGCCGGGAAGUUGUCAGUCACGUUUGCGUGAAAAGCUAUAUCGCCUAGUUGGUUGUUAUGGUGUGCCUGCACAGCAAUGUAUCAGUGCUCCAAGAAGCCCAUCGGUUAUCUUCAGUCAAUCCACUGAAACAUUAGACCCACAAUUAAGCGUUCAUUCUAGUAGCGAAACAACAUCUGUUGUCGAUAUAAGCAAUUCAGAUGAUAUACGCCUUGACGAUACAAGCAGUGGUGAACAAACUGCUGUAUUCCGAGAUUUGGACACUUAUUUGGAUGCUCAACUAAUGAACAUCAACUUCCUAGGUGUACCAGAUUGCAGAUUAGCGUCCACAAGUGCUUCAAUGAGUGAAGAAGAGCCCAGACGUCCAUGGGGUGUCCGUGGUCAAGCUAUUACUUGUCAUUUUGAUCUCAAUGGGGAUGGAAGUGAAUCCAUUGCAAAUGAAACUUUUGCUGGAUUAUCAAGACCAAGUCAAACAACAGAAACAAAAAUAAUUACACCAGCGGAAUCUGAUUAUUUAUCAUCUACUUACCACCAAAGCAGAACUAAUUCUCUACCGCAGUUAACAACUGCUUUUGUCGAUAAUAGGUCAAAUGGAGUAAAACAUACAGACUCGAAGAAUUUAAAUACAAACAGGUAUUCAACAAUAACAAUAAGCAACAACUAUACAGAUUGUAAUGUCGAUAAUAGAUAUUCAACAGGAUCACGUGAUGAACAGCAACCACACAUGGAUAAUCAGGGAGCUUCAAGUUCACUAAUGUGGAAAUCAUUCACUGAAGAGAGUAACACCGCAGUACAGUUAGAUCAUGCAGACAAUGACUAUAUGAGUUUGUUGUAUACUACUAGGAAGAGUGACACACUUAGUGAAGGGGAUUGUGAAAUGAAAUCUAGUGAGAAUUCACAGACUAAAAAGCGUUUAAAUGUUAAUACGCGCAAUUCACGUGCUGAGCAUGUAUCGUUUGAUCUUGGUGAUGGCACUGAAGAGGUCGAAGGAGAAGACAGUGAGGUAGAAAACACUACAACGACUACUACUACUAUCGGUGGUAGUGUGCAGAAUUACGAAGAAGAAAACAGACAAAGCAACGCGAAAGGGAUUCUCGUAAGCCAUUCACGUUGUCAAUCUCACAAAAAAGCACAUACUACAUUGCAGUCAAAUGCUGUUCAUCUCCCUAGCACUUCUAUAGUGCGGUUUGCAUCUAUACAAGUCCUAACUAACAGUAAUUGUGAUUAUAUUGACAACGCUGACGAUCAAAACUAUUCUGCUGCAAAAUCCAGACCAAAUAUUUACUUCCCUCGAUGUUACGUGUCCUGUCGAAAUGAAUUAGGUUUACGGGAUAAACAACAUAUUCAAAUUUUAAAGAAAUCAGAACAACAAAGUACCAAUCACCGAUAUCGUGUAUGUAAUACGAAAAAUUCUCUCCUAGGAAAAAUGAAACGUUCGGCUUCAACAUCGGAACUAUCAGUUAAUAAGCAGCAGUACAUUUUAGUUGAAUCAAGUGAUGGUAAUAAAUCCCUCGCCAAUUCACUUUUACUAUCACCUUUAAGUUAUCGAAGUGAAGUAAAUAGUAAUAGAGACCGAAAUACUUUUGGUCAAUCCUCUUCAUCGUUAUCCUCGUCAAGAUCAUCAUCGCCCAAAUUAAGCAGUAGUGAGUUUAAACAACCCAUAUCCGAUUUAAUUAUCACAGAUAAUAAUAAUACUGGUGAUAAUGAUGACAACAAUAAUACUAGUACAGUGAAAGCUGUCUCUUCUUGGACAUGUUCUUCUUCAUUAAUAUCGCCUCAAUCCAUUCCAUUUUCACCAUCACUCUCAGUAUCUUCGUCAUCAGCAGUAGCAUCUGUACAUAGUUCUCAUUCUUCAUUGCAUUAUACACAGUCAAGUGGAAGAAAUAAAAGAUCUAAUCAUAUCUUCCCUGCUAUCACCAAGAUGCAUAGAUCAACAAGUGACUCAAGUGUAAAUUGUAGCGGUAAAAAAAUCAUAUGUGUGCGUCAGCAGCAACAUGAACAUGGCGAGCAACAAAGUGAUCAACAGCAGAGCAUCAUAAAAGUAUCAGUUCAGUCAUCAACAAGUUUGUAUAAUUGGAGAAACCCGCUGACUACUGAACAAAAAUGGUUUGAAUUAGAAUCGUUUUUGCAUUCCACAACCUGUUCGCGCUUAAAUGAACAGCAAAUGUUGAUGUGUAUGCUCAAUGAACUCCCGCAAUCAUAUCAAGAAUUAGUUUCACGCUAUAUGCUUGCUCUUAAGCAAACUAUUAAUUUAUCUGGUUAUUCGUGGACUGAAUCGAGUCGUUUCAGUUGUUUAGUUAAAUUGAGUGGAAGAAUUAUCAAAUAUUUGCGACCACCAUGGUUUUUUUAUCGUUCAUGUCAGGAUGUUCUUCCUGAAACAAGCCAAAAACAAUUAAUCACUAGUGUAACAAAUCUAAUGCGGAUAUAUCACGAGGUUCAUAAUCAAUUCUCCGGAUUGUGUAAUGUGUUACAGACCACAAAUAUCGAGGAUAUUUUUCAACUGUUACGUCAUAUGUUGUUCACCUUACUAGAAUUUGUUAAACAUUCCCAUGCAGAGGUUGAAGCAGUGUACAAUAGUUUAAUAAUACCACAUGAAGGUGAAAUAUCGACCGAACUACAGAAUUCGUCUGUUCGUUUUCAAUAUUUACUGAAAUGCCUUUUAUCAGGUCUAGAUUCACGCAGUACUGAAAGUUAUGAUGGUGAAUGUAAUCAGUGCAUACAGUCACUUAAUAACGAUGAGACCUCUUUAAACAACGAUCUAUGUAAACUGUUAACAACCAUUGUGGAAAGCAAUGCAAACAAUGAACUUUCAACAGAACUCAGUGAUUUCAACUCAGAGCACUGUAAACAAGUCAUUAAAAUAUACAAGUCUCCCUCGGAUAGAUCUAAAAAAUCAGAACAAUCUAUCGAUAUGGUAAUCAACAUUUUAAAUAUUUAUGCAAAUCAUAUAUAUGAAAACAACCCGACUUCAUUUGUUGUAUACCUCCCGUUACCUAUACUGGAUGAAGAAGUUAAUAAUCACUCAGAUACCAAUACUUACUGUAUGUAUUUAAUUGAAAAACUAAAACAACUCGAGUCCGAAAACUGCAGCAGUCAAGAUCAGAUUUAUUAA